AUGGUGACCCAUUUGGAGUACUUUGGAAAAAAAUCUGGAGAGCAAAAAUUCCCAGCAAAGUUCAAGUAUGCAAUUGGAGGGCAUGCUAUAAUUUACUGCCGACAAGAGAGAGGUUACUCCUCAAGGGAUAUCAAGGGAGAGGAGUUCCAUGCGGUCCAUGCCAUUCCCAACAGAGCAAGUAAGAUACAACAAAAAGCGUGGAAACCUGCUGCACAAGGAAGCCUUACGUUGAAUGUUGACGCAGCCUUCCUUCCUGAACAACACCAAGGUGGCAUAGGGGGAGUGCUUAGAGACUGCCAGGGGCGAUUUAUAGCAACCUUUGCACGUCCCAUCCCUUAUACUGCUUCUCCAAAACAGUGUGAAAUGUUGGCCAUACGUGAAGGGCUGGAUAUGCUACUUUCCCUUCAGCAGAAAAAUGUGGUUCUUCAAAGUGAUAGCGCAGAAGCUAUUACAGAGAUUCAGAGUCAUGAUCAUAGCUGGUUAGCUAAUGGAGGUCUCAUUGAUGAUAUAAAACAGGUCUGGCACCAACUCGAAGGAAUUCAAUUACUUCAUACUCCUAGAAGCUGCAAUGGGGUUGCACACCGACUUGCUGUAAUAGGUUUUGAAGCGGUUCAUGCUUCUGUUUGGUUGUAUCAAGCACUAGCGUGCUUACUUGAUGUUCUCCAACAUGAUUGUAAUAAGCUCAAUUGA